GCUCAUUGUGCAUCAGAGAGCCGGACGUCAUCGGCUGGCCAAUCAGUGGCUCCCGCUAGGCAGCCUCGGGGUCUCGGUGGGGGGAGAAGGGACUCGCUAGAAGUCUUCCCUCUAAUAUCUCGCUCUCCUGGUUACUUGGUGUGGUCCCUCUUUAGAGGAAGAAAGAUGUUCUGAAUGAGAAACAAAGACGGAAAUCCUUCAGCAAAUCUGUAUUUAAGUUGAAACUUAGGAAACUUAUUUCUUUUGCAUAUGGAAAUCCGGAAGGUCAGCGACUUAGACUCAAAGUUUGGGAGCUACUGAGCAGACCUUUUCAAGUGGCUUUGUAUAAACAAAAAGGAGGCAGGAAAAUGACCUAAUUAGCAACAAGCGUGACAGACAACCUGGUGUAAAUGUGUUGGUGGUAAUUCCCCCCAGUUUCGCCCACAAGGAAGACACAUGCAUCAGCGCACUGCCCUUCCCUUCCUGCCACUGGCCCCAGUCCUCCAUGGAUUCUUACAGCUUACACUUUGAGAGAAUGAACAACGUGGACCUGCAUCCUCUGAGCCUGCCUGUCAGUCGGCUCUCCCCAGCCAAGUCCAACAGCAGCAUCGCCGACCAACUUGCCCAUCACCAACACGGCAAAGGAGACUCUGCCUAUAGCUCCUUUUCUGGCGGGUCAACUGCCCCAGACUACCCCUCUCCCUUUCUCACGGAUGACCUACAGUCCAGUUCCCUCCACUAUGCUGAUCUCAAGUAUGUAAAGUCCAUUUACCAUCCGACCCAGGUUCUGCAGUCUGACUCAAAGACCAUGGACCAGCUCUAUCGCUCUGUGGAAGCGUUCUCCCAGCAGUACCGCAGCAAUGACAACAUCAAUGCAAACCACCACAAUGGCAAUGAGAGUUUCCACACCAACAACAAAGCACUCUCUAAACAAGAGGUGGCUUCAGGGGCUCCGUCCCAAGGUGCUUACCCUCCAGUCCGUCCUCCUCCAGUUCCAGCACGCUUGGAUAGUUUCAUAGCUACGAAAAACUUGGAGAACACCAGGGUCCACCGCCACAGUGCUGAGUUUCAACCCCAGCAGCCACAGCCUCAACAACAGCCCAGACCCCACAAUCGACAGUCCCAUGGUCUGAAUGGCUCAAGGCCUGAGACUGCUAACCCAGGUACAGGAAGCCUCAAUUCUGACCCAGUGUACUCAGUUUGGAGGGGCUCUCAACCGCAACAGCCACAGGCCCAGCAACCAUCAAGCCACCGCCCCCACCUCCAGCCUCAUGAUCAGACCAGGGUGCCGUUGAACCCAGAAUACCUUUUCAUUACAGAUAACAAAGCUGCCUCUGAGCAGCAGAAGUCAACAAACAUCCUAAGCCGAUCACCUCCCCGAGGUACGAGCCAGUCUGAGCACCAGAAACGCAGACAGCUCUCAAGCAGCGAUGCAUGUAACGGAGACCAUCACAAGUUCGGUGGUAGCAGUAGCCAUUUUGAGAGUCAACGCAAAAGGUCACACUCGGCUCACGAUUGGCUUGGUUCGGAGCCAGCCCGAGCCUCCAGCCCCUGGAAUUCAGGUCAGAGUUUUAUCAACAGCAGCAUCCAGCACAAGGGUCAGUUUUACUUCGUCACGGGAGUGUGUAAGCUGUCGGAAUCUGGUACGAGGACACACUCUGCAUCUGUGUGUGGGUCGGAGACUGGGAGUGAGAGCUCCACUGUGUUGGAGACACACCAGCUCAGAGAGAAAGAAAGAUGCCACAGCACAAUGGACAAUAUGUUUCGACCUCUCCAAGAGAGCUCUCGCUCUUCUAGUGGUGUGAUUCCAGAUGAGAGAGAGGUUUUCACUUCUGUGUCUCAGGGCAAGGACCUGUCCUUUAGGAACCAGGAUCAGGAGAAUCGCAGACUCUCCCUCAUCUCGAUGCAGUCCUCUCGAAGCUUUGAAACCUUAGAAGAAAUCGACAUGACGCAGAGUCGGGAUAUUGGCCGCCACACUGCGAACAACCCAAUAUUCUACUGUGGACCUGACAGAAACUGUUCACCACAUGCAUCCACACAAACGAAGGAUGUCACUUCACUGAUCAGCAACGAACCACCACACAAAAGAGAGGAGCAAGCAAAGAGAGGGAAACGGCAGCCCCUGGGAGAUGUAGCCAGCGAGAGGAUAAACAAAGAAACAACCCCGCUUCUGUACCACCUUACUGGAGCCAGCAGGGCAGCAUUACAACCUAAAAAGAGUUCUGAUUUCAGUAUGAAAGGCAAAGAAGCAAUCGUAAACAAAACGGGCCAUGGAGAUGUGGCUGUUAACGACAAUGAGAGAGCUCCAAAAAGUGACACAAGCAAGAACGACAGAGGGGAACUUAUCUCAGCCUGUAACACACUAGAUGACUCAUUUAAAAAGUACUACAAAGAAAAGCUGAAGGACGCCCAGUCUAAAGUCUUAAGGGAGACGUCAUUUAAAAGGAGGGACCUGCAGCUGUCAUGGCCACACCGCACCAGGCAAAAACCUGAGCUGAGACCUCCAGUGAUCCACACUUUCUCCUUAUCACAGGAUUCUGAGACUUCCACAGACACACUCACUCCCUCUGUGAUCUCUGAGGAGACAGAGAGGGGGAGCAUAGAAGAGGUCAGUGAGAGUCAGAAGGAGAUGGACAAUGAGACUGAAAAGGAAAACGGGAGACCGGAAAAUGUGGCCCAACCUCAGGUAGCGCGCAUUGGAGGCAGGAAGCGUUUGACUCAAGAGCAGAAGAAGAUGUGCUACUCCGAACCGGAGAAACUCAACCAGCUCGGCGGUGGCCCCGUCCACUCUGCUUGCCGCUCUUUCGGCAACGAAGGUGACAUCCUGUUUGCAGUUGAACGUGAGGUUGAAGAGCAUGCACAACAAGGAGAGCAGGGACUGGUUGCUGCGCGGAGAAAGAUGUUCGAGACAAGAGGUCGAGCCCUUUCAGCCUCUAGCGCUUCAAAGACGAACUUAAAACAUCUGCAACACAAGGCCCUGGUGGAGUACAUGGAGCGGAAGACGGGCCAGAAAGUGGCUGAGCCACAGCAACCAGCGCCUCAGUUACCACCUCCGUCCAGACAGAGGCAUUCUCUGGGGGAGAAACCAUUCGACUGGGGUUCCAGACCUCUAUCAGCAAAUAAUGAAGGCAAAAACACCAAGAAGAAACUCCACAGACCGCACUCUGCAGGACGCAUCCUUGAUUCCUCCACCAGCUCCAUCAGGUAUGCCCAGUUCUUCUCAGCUCAGUCUUGUUCAGGCCAAUAUGCUGGCCAGUCCAAUAAACCCAGAUGGAGGGAGAGUCAAGGUCCAUCUCAGGGGAAGUGUGCCUCAGUGGAGAGUCUCCUGGAUCAGCCAGAACCACCUAGUUUCUUCAGGAACCGAUCGACUUCCACACCACAUGCGUUUGAGGGUCUGCAGGCAGAAGACUAUGAGAUGGAUCCAUUACCAGUUAACACUAUGGAAACCUGGAGUCCUCAGAAAAAUGCCACUGAGGUCUCCAUAGUAAAGCCAGCUCCUGAGGGCCAGCAGCGUGUCCGUGUGGUUGCACAAAGGGGGAAGUCCAUGGAAGAGCUUGGGGCAUCAAAGUUAACCCGACCAUCAGCCAUGAGUAAAAGUUCCGAGCAGCUGGAUCAACUGUGGAGGUGUUCGAGUAGACCAGGAGGACCGGGUGGACUGGACAGAGACAAGAGGAGUGUUUCAUACCUUGGUGACACCAGAGAAGCCCAGGGCCAGGAGAGAGGGAGGAAGAAACAAUACGUAACAGACCAAGCGGCAAAAGAACCAGAGACUGUUGGUCUGAAGAGCACUCAGGGACAGACACAAAACCAAACCCAGAGAAAGUCUUUGUUGAAGCAGAACUCAGAACCGGAGGAGGACGCUACAACAAGGAACUCUAGUAGAUCCACCUCGCCAGCCCCCUCCUCUUCCCGGGCCAGGGUUCACUCUGGACCUCCGGGAAGUCACGGUCCUGUCACAGAUGUAUUCAGGUCCAGUAGACCGCCCAGUGAGACUUCAUCUAACCCACCUUCCCCAAGAGGUCUUGAAACCAGUGAGAAGGAGAUCAAAUCCACCUCGUCCACCCCCACCCAGACAAAGCUUCUUUGUGAAAACAAGCCUAGCUCCAGCAGAGUCAGGACUUCUUCUUCUGGGACUGCAUCAGAGAGAGAGCAGUCAGUGGAUGAACCAGGCAGCAACGGCCAAACGCCUGAUUCAAACCAUGAAGUGUCUCUGAGCUGCGGCGUCACCACAGAUCCAUCACUGUGGAUUCUCCCUCCGGAAGAAGAGAGCAAAGAGGAAGUCCAGACCUCGCCGCUGAAGGACAACGUUUUUGAUGACAGCCCAGCCCCUCCGACGCAGGCAAGCGAAACCUCUACAUCUCCCUGCACCUCCGUCUCUGACGCAAACAUCAGUCAGCAGGUGGAGGACGAGAAAAAUCCAGAAAUGGGACAGGAGAAGACGGGAGAAAACCAGGAGAUGCUGGAGAGGGGAACACCGGAGGGAGAAACAGAGAGCCUGGAGAAGCCCAUGGAGCGACCCCAGUGGGAGGAACUUGUAGAAGCAGUGGUUAAGGCUGACCAAUCGUUGGCCAGAGUGCUGUACCCGCUGGCGAAUCGUAAGACGGCACUUAUGCUGAUGGAGCAGCUGCUGUCAGAGGACACGCUGCUGAUGGAGGAGCACUACAAGAAGAAACAGGAGCAGAAAGGAGCUGUGGAAAGCACUGAAACCGUCGAAGGGGCUGAACCGUCGGUUCCUGACAGCCUCAAACCUCAGUGUGCAGACUUGCAGAGCAAAGCUGACGUCACGGAGAAGAAGCGUCUCUUAGUGUCUUAUAUCGAGUCGCGUCUGCGCUCACUGGAAGAGAUGCGGGGCCCCCUCCAGACGGAGAUUCAGGAGAACGUGGCCCACGGGGAGACUCUAGAGGUGCUGGUGCGUGAGCACUGUCUUCCCGUGGAGCUAGAGAGGUACAACCUGUUCAUAGGAGACCUGGAGAGGGUUGUAAACCUGCUGCUGUGCCUGUCUGCUCGCCUAGCCAGAGUACAGAACGCCCUGAGCACCGUGGACCAACACACGGAUCCUGAGGAGAAGCAAUCUCUGGACAGUCGCCACCGUCUGCUCUGCAAACAGAGGGAGGACGCCAAAGAUCUGAAGGAUAACCUGGACCGGAGAGAGAACCUGGUUUCCACCUUUCUUUCGCGUCAGCUGUCCGCCGAGCAGCUGCAGGACUACCGGCGCUUCGUCCAGACGAAGGCGUCGCUGCUCAUCCGGCAGAAGGACCUUGAAGAGAAGCAGAGACUGGGAGAGGAGCAGCUGGAGGCCCUCUCCAGCAGCCUGAAUCUGUGAAGCCUUCAAAGAAGAUGUUCAAAAAGACACAUGGAGAGAUUUGGCUGUACUUUUCUGGCUCGGUUUGCCCCUUAGACACAAAAGGAGUGGAUUAUAAGUGGUUCAGCUGAUAUCUCCAACCCCUUUGCACACUGUUAUGGCUGUUUGUUCUGUCUUUUUAAAGAGUUGACAGGGCCUUUGGGAAUCCCAUCAUGCCAUCUGCUCUCCUCCCAUAACUAUAGGGCGUACAUGAGAUGACAAAUUGAGACUUUCUGUCAUCUACAGAGGGUGCCCAGAACACUCUCCCACCCAAUCUGCGCCCAUUGUCGGCCUGCACAAUCUGCAGCGUGCAUCUGAAGACGUUUCCCAACAUGUUGUACAUGUUUCCGUUGACUCUGAACAGACGUCUUGAACUGUUUUUGUGUGCCUUGAUUAUUAAUAUUGCUGUGGAACGUUUCGUGUUGUUUUCUCUUAGAGCUGCUGGGUGGAAAUUUUACCUGUUAGCAAUUCAGCCUUCACAUGUUCACACUGUCCUUCACUUUUCAUCAUGAUGGUAGUGCUUACAGUCCUGUAUCUGCACAUGUGGAAACCUAUUAUAAGCUUUAAGGUUGUAUUUUGACCAGUCAGAAGGCUUCAGUGAAAGAGAGUAGCGUGAGAGGGGGCGAUCUGCUGCAUCAUGUCAGUAAAAUGUACAAUAGUUGUAAUAGAUUUAAUCUUUUUAAAUGUUCUUUUUUUUUGUAUGUGUUUCAAAUUAAGGCACUAAAAACCAAAAAGGGUGAAUGAAAAAAAAGCACUUUGAAAUGAUACAUAAAUGCACAUUUCUUCAAAUCAGAUUUGUUUUCAGAUCUCAAGUUGAAAGCCUUACUCCAUCCGUUUAAACAAGAUUUCUCUUUUACUUCUUUUGUUUGUUCUGUCAUUCAUUUUAAAAAAGAAUGACGAGUUAAUGUUUUUUUUUUUUCAAAAGGUGCAUGAGGACACCCAGCAACAUUACAUAUUGUGUACUUUUCCAGCUAAUUUCAUACUUAAAGGUCCAGUGUGUGAGAUUUAGCGGCAUCUAGUGGUUAGGUGGCAGAUUGCAACCAACAAAAUACCCCUCACCUCACCGUCCAAUUCAAGGUGUGAAUGCAAAACUAUGGUAGUCGUGAAACUGGCAAAAAAAGACCCUAUUUGGAGACAGUAUUUUGAUUUGUCCAUUCUAGGCUUUUGUAGAAACAUGGCGGACUCCGUGGAAGAGGACCCCCUUCCUCUGUAGAUUUAAAAUACUCAUUCUAGGGUAAAGAAAGCAUAACAGAAACACAGUUAUACAUAUUAUAGUGUUUUGAUAGAUGUCCCUAAAUCUUACACACUGGACCUUUUUAUUGUUGUUAAAUGUUGAUGAUUUCAUAGUGGAACAGCUCCUCAUAUGGAGGUGCUAAACCUCUUCUAAGAUAACUAAGCAGUUAUGUCCCUUAGUAUUUUCUCCCAAUGUCCCCUUGUCACAGAAGUGACACGAGAUACUUGAAAUACUUUUUUUUGUUUUAAAGAGUAAAGUCCACAACCUUCACUUCAGGUGUCUUAAACUCAUUUUCUAUUCUCUACCUCCUCAGUGUAGCCACUUUUGGACACAUGUAGCAAGUUUAUUUAA